CGAUUUGUUUAGUUCCAAGAUGGCGGUUGUUUACACCUGUUACAAAACGAUAGUUAUUUCCGUAUGUUCUGUUGCACUUUUUCAGGAUAAUUAGACGACCUAAAUGAGUUAAUUGGGGAGAGCAACUAUCUAUGCAAGAUUCUGAUGGCUUUGGUUGGAAUCGUGCCUUACGGAAGUUUGUUUAUUGAUGCCUCAUGGCAAGAUAUCCUGUCCGGCAUAAGGGACUGUACUAUCACCUCCCCAGACCGACAGCUCAACACACGCCGUCUCCAGAAAAUAUGGACAACCCCGCAGAACCCAAACCAUGUCCUACCCUGCCUCUCUGUCCGAACGGGUCUGGACCUAUUUCUGACCGUCCAGAGGUUUCCCGCGGGGUCAGAAAUCAUCAUGUCGGCCAUCAACAUUCCGGACAUGGCCCGAGUGGUCAAGCAUCACGGCUUACGGGUCAUUCCCAUAGACAUCCACAUCGAGACCCUCUCGCCCAAAGUGGAACUUUUAGAAGGUCUCGUCACAGAGAGAACUGUCGCUGUGCUUGUAGCGCACCUGUAUGGGAAGUGGUUUGAUAUGAGCGAAGUGAUUGACAUAGCGAGAAGGCACCAGUUGUACGUACUCGAAGAUUGCGCAGAAGGCUUCUGUGGGUUUGAAUACAUCGGAAAUCCGCAUUCGGACAUUGCGUUCUUCAGCUUCGGUGUCAUCAAGCCUUCCACCGCUUUUGGUGGCGCCAUUCUGAAGAUCAAAGAUAGCCAGCUGUUUACAGCAAUGAAUGAAGCGUACUCACUCUACCCCACGCAGUCAGCCUUAGAGUACCUGAAAAAACUGCUCAAGUAUUCGGUCGCUACGGUAGGUUUGAACUGGCCGUUCCUGACGGGCUACGGCGUCUUUGUCGUACAGAACGUCCUUGGUAUCGACCAUCAGAAGAUGUGGAUUUCCUUACUAAGGGGUUUCCCCGACCAGUUCUUUCAGAAGAUUCGUCAGCAGCCCAGUGCAGGAUUGCUGUCCCUACUGGUGCACAGAUGUAUAGGGUUUCGACAAAAGUCUUUUCAGGUUGGCGUGAAUAAAGGACGCCAUGCGGACAUGCUGCUAAAAAGCUCCUCCAUGAUAAAAGUAGGCGACAAGGCAGAGAACAGGAACUAUUGGCUUUUCCCCAUACUCGUGGAGAAUCCUGAUGAAGUGAUCAACUCGCUCUGUAAGAAGGGAAUCAACGCGUACCGCGGUGCCACCCAGCUCAACGUGAUCGAACCACCAACGGAAACCUCGAGCCACCUCAGCGACCAACUCACGCACUACCCAGAAGAAGCCAGGUUCAUCAUAGACCAUGUGGUAUAUCUACCAAUCCACAAAAGGGUCCCUUACUACUACAUUGUAAGGGUGUGUAAGGGGUUAGAAGAGGUGCUGCAAAAACAGAGUGCUGUCUUCCACAAACCCUGCUUUGAACGCCCCCUUGUUGUGUUGAAUGGAAAACCUACACCAAAGCUGCCUUCAAAACUAUGAUUUAAAACUAGAUUUUGAAGUUGUCAACACUUCAUUUUAGUUCAAGGGACCCAUUUUGUAGGAUUUUGAUACCAAAACUGUAAGUAUUUUCUUGAGUAAAAGUUGCCUAUUCAGACAUUUGUAACAACUUUUUGUUUCAUAUAGCAAGUGUUUGUCUAAAAGGCAGUGUACUUGAAGUAGUGGUUUGAUAUAAUUUGGACAUAGGUACGUAAUAGGUGAGGCGAGUCAUUCAGUGCAAUAUAACCACCCACCUGGACCAUGUGUGCCUGCAAAUUUGGCAUGGAGCAAAUUCCAUUGACUGAUAAAAAGAGCCCUGAACUCCAAAAGGGGGUGUUAUUUUCCAAUAGGUGAUAAUUCUACUAGGAACUAAAAAUACAUACUUCGCAGUAUGUGAUAAAGUUACCCACUAGUCUCAUAUGCAAAGAAAAGCAUUCAGUAUUCUACAUUGUGUACUUAAAUACCCUCAAAUUAGAUUAUUAACAAUCUCAGCCUAUACUAUAGAUUGUGUCUGACAAGGCCUGAAAAAAGUUACAGAAAUGAUUUAAAGGGCAAAAGAAAAAAUUGUCAUGUAUUCUUCAAUAUCUUUUCAAUAAUUUGCCUUCUUGAUGUGCUUAUUGCGACACAUUUAUGCCAAAAAUGAUAACGCUGAAGGAAUUGUCUAUAGCUGAUAUAUACAUAUUGUCAUGUAGGUUUAGAAAAUAGAUGGUGAUAUUGUUUAAAUUACAAAACACUGGGAUCCUGCAAAAAGUCGGUUAAUUAUUCAUUCAUCGAUAGAUAAUUUAUUGGAAAAUAACACCCCUUCUGGAGUUAGUGCUCGUUUCACAGUGGCACGUACUAAAG